AUGCAAAAGGCCUUUGCAAACUUUUCCAAAUUGUAUUGAAAUACAUGCCUAUAUAUCGAAAGAUUUACUUUAACAUUUUGAAAGCUAUUAUAAAGAAGAACCAGAACAGAAUGUUUUAGAAAUAAGACCCACAAAUCAAUUAGACGUCAUUUUGCUAAGGUUGAGUUCCAUUGUUUAAAGUUUAAAAUUGCAAGUAAGAAAAGUACAGUCAAGUGUGCUCGACUCUGAGAUACCCUCUACUCAUUUUGAAUAAAAGUAACAAAACAGUGCGGUAUUAGUCUUAAAAUAUAUCAAGUUAAUAUACCACAAAAUACUAAAAUAUACCGAAUGCUAUAUUUGUAAUAUUAAUGUAGUACUACACUUUAUAUCGUCCUGAAGGCACAACAUUAUAAUACCCUUCUACCCAAUAGGUAGCGGGUAUAAAAAGAGAUAAAUUAUUUCUUGAUCGACAUAAAAUUAUAAACAUCGAUAAAUGCACAGAAUUUGAGGACAGUAGCUAGGUUAUAUAUAGAGAUGUCACAAAUGAUUAACUAAUGAUGUAAAUUACCUUUAAAUGUUUACCAAAGCAGUACAUUUUAUAGUUAAUUGGAAAUCGUUUGUGAAAUUUGGUGGGUUUCCCACAAACAAACAACCAACAAGUCGAAGAUAGUCGAUCAUUUGAUCAACUGCUUCGAAUUAUUUAUACAAACUGACUGUUAAACAAAUAAUCACGCUGAGAGAAUGAGUAAGAUGCAAAUAACUAAAUGGGAUACCUGAUAGAAUGCCGCGAGUAUUUUAUUAUUUUAAAACACAUUCGGGAUAAACUUAGAUGUGAAAGUUGCCGCAAGUAUAUAGAUUUGUGGUUAACGUGGGAUGCAGUCUCAUGUGUAGCCUUCGAUAUACUACGAACACUUGUUCGCAAUGAAUUCUCAUUGAAUACGUAGGCAGCAGCAGGUAGGAAUAUGCGAAUGCCAAAUGCUAAUUCGAAUGUUUAUGUCCCGACAUGUCUAAAAGGAAAUUGGCCAGAACUUCGACGACGUCGACGACGACGACGACCCAAUCAGACUGUCUGCGGGUUUGUCGGCCUUUUCCGUCUUUAAAGGACUCAUUUGUGUACGAGUAUGUACAAAUAACAAGAGUAGAAGAAAACACAAAUAUCGAACACAAUGGAAACAAUAACGUGCGAAGCGAUUGGAAACGCGCCACAGACGCCGCUGCCCACAGACAUUGCCUCAGCCACAGCCACAGUCGCAGCCGCAGCCACAGCAAUAGCAACAGCAACAGCCGCUGCCCGGUCAGCGUCCGGCGUGUCAGUCAGAGUCGCGGGCUGAAGCACAAGUCGAAGCAGCAGGGCCAGCAGAAGCAGCCGGUUAGCCAGCGGGCCAACAACAAGUUAGCAGGCAAAUCGACAAAUGCAAGAGACAGCAGCAAAAUCGAUUGGAAUUAUCAAAAAGUCGUGUCGUUGUUGUCGUUGUCGUCGUCGUCGUCGCUGCUGCUGUCGCUUUUUUUUUUGUUGUCUCGCGAUUGCUCUAAAAAUAUAUUUUGUUUUAAUUGA